GUAAAGUAGAACGGAAAUGUUGCCGCUGCCGUGCAGCGUCCAAGAACGGAGAGGAAGCGAAGAAGAAGAAAGACGGCGAGCAUUUUGUUACAAGGCCACGAGCCGCUACGGAGAGUUGCAAACAGAGAAGAAGGUUACGUAACAUCGAAGAUUUUGAUUUCAUCGUGUGUGUUUUUGAACUGCCGAGAGGGGAGCGUCGAGACUCAUCUCUACGGGGACACGUUUUCCGUGAUUUUUUUACUUUGGCACAUCAUUUCAUCAAAUACAAACGGAUCAUCAUGGCUGAUGAUUUUGACGUUGAGGCCAUGCUGGAGGCUCCUUACAGAAAGACUUCCCUAAUGAUAUCUCACCUCUACUCCCAUGAAUUCAUCUUUGAUUCCACUGUGAACUGUGAAAAAAAGGAAGGUAGUUAUUGUGCAUAUACUGAUGUACUGUGGUUCACCAUAGGACUAAAAGAGAUUCAACCUAGAACAUCCAAUCCGUAUUCGGUUGCAAAAAGGUGAAUGCCAGUGGUUGAUAAGCCCAUCCUUACCUAUCAAGCAAAGAAGGCAGUAUUCAGAUUUACAAUUUCUUAUUGAACAUUCAUUCAAGAUUUCUGCUUUUAUAAGGAACACAUCACACUGUCACCUCCACAUUAUCUAGCAUUCACCUUUUGUUCUCUCUUUUUUCUCUAGAAUAAUGAACUGGAAUCUAAAAAGUGUCUAGAAAGUUUACUUUUCUGAAGUAAAACUGAUCCAUAUACAUUUUUUUCUGUAUUAUUACACAUCCAAAAGUUAUAGUUUGAGGAUGGUAUGCUUGUAAAAGCAAAAUAUCCAGUUUUAAAUCUUCUAGUAUGAAUACAAAAACAUGUCAUGAUUUUAAUACAAGUACAGAGUUUAUUUGUCUUUGUAAGUAUGAAUACUGCCUCUUUGCAUCAGUCGAUUGUAAUGUGAGUAAGCAUCUUGAAUCUUGCAUGCUACAUAUUAUCACGUAUAUUAAUUUAUAAAUGUAAAAAUAGACAUUUCUAUUUGGCAACAUUGUAUAAUACAGUGAGUAACUUUUCAAUAGUUGAUUCCUCAAGUGCAAACAUUGAAAACAUGACCUAUCAUAUGAAACUAAGGCUAAUAGCAGUGUAAUACGUGGCUGAAUUACUGGAUUUCUUUAUUUUGAUCAUUUCUUUAUUCAUUUAUUUUCAUGGGCGUCAAUAUUACUAAGAAGUGUGAAUCCCUGUUUGCUUCAGGGCAAGAUGUGUGACAGAGGUGGCAUCGAGCUCUUACAGUCCAAGAACGAAAAUGGGUGAAGAUCACUGGACUGACACCAACAACACAGGAUCUCUUUUAGUGGCCGUCACAUGAUUAGGCACAAAUAGUGGCAUGGGUACGGCCUAUUAGGAGGGGAAUGGUGGAGAUGAUCUGACUUCUGUGAAAGCUUCCUGAACUCUGCUAAUGUUGGACAUUCUCCCAUAACUUUGCUUUGUUGCAUUAAGUACUGUGCAGCCUUGUUUAAUAACAAAAAAAAGGAAGGGGAUGGGAAGCUAUUGGGGUGGUGGAAGGACUCUGUCCAGACAUGACAGUGGGAAGUUUGAAGUAUUAUUAUUAAUUGAAAAUAUUCUGCAUUUUCUCUUGUCCCACCCCAACCCCCUUUACCUUGACGACUUGAAAUGUCUCAUCUACGUCCUCAUGAUGUUCUUCUAUGAACCUUGCUUAGGAUGAGAUCAAGUCCUCUCAUGCAAACGGACACGAUGAUUCGAGCAAGAAGAAAAGGAGGAGUAGAAGCAGGAGCCGAAGUCCAGGCUCUAAGAAGAAAAGAAGUCGAAGCAGGGACAAAAAGAAGAGUAAGAAGAGGAGCAAGAGCAGAGAAAGAAAACGAAGCCGCAGCAGAGAACGCCACCGCAGCCGCUCCAGAAGCAAAGAACGUUCUGGGCGGUACAGAGCACGCAAGAGUCCCAUGUGAGUGACCUCUCAUACUAGACACACGGAAGCAGGUUUACAAACAAAUGUAGCCCUUCAUCAACAUGUUUCUACUUUGAUUAACAAAUAGAGUAUCAUCUCUGUUGAAGAGUCCCCAGAAGGCAUGACAGGGAUACUACCGUGCACAUUGGAUCACUAAGUUAAAGCAACUAAAUUGAAGUUGGCGAUCAUUAAUGCUGUCUUGCACACUUGUGUUCUCCCCAUGUGAUAUGCUAGAAUGUUUCUUUCUACAGUGUCUGUGGGAGAACCAGAUGAAUUUGUGAUACUUUGACUGAAAACACUUGCGGUCAAGUAAUGUUUUGUUCAAGAACUACAGCAUGUCACGAUCCUGUGUUUUGAAUUUAAGUUGAGAAAGCAAUUCUUUCUACAAGUGAAUUUCCACCGAUGGAAGAUCAAUGCAUUUUAUCUUCUCUUGUUCAUUUCAGCCGAAAACGAUCCAAAAGUCGAAGUCCUCCUUUCAAAAAGGAAAAGAGUCCCAUCAGGCAACCUAUUGACAAUCUAACACCAGAGGAGAGAGAUGCCCGCACAGUUUUCUGCAUGCAGCUUGCAGCCAGAAUCAGAGCUCGAGACCUGGAAGAUUUUUUCUCAGCUGUUGGAAAAGUGAGAGACGUGAGGAUGAUUUCAGAUAGAAACUCCCGGAGGUCAAAGGGCAUUGCAUACAUAGAGUUUGUGGAGGCCUCUUCAGUACCGUUGGCAAUUGGUUUGACUGGACAGAGGCUCUUAGGAGUGCCCAUCAUCGUCCAGGCCUCACAGGUCAUGGCGGAGAAAAACAGAGCAGCAGCUGCUGCUAAUAAUCUACAGAAGGGCAGCUCAGGCCCAAUGCGUCUGUACGUGGGCUCGCUGCAUUUCAAUAUAACUGAAGAAAUGCUCCGAGGGAUCUUUGAACCUUUUGGAAAGAUUGAAGGAAUCCAGCUGAUGAUGGAUAGUGAGACUGGACGAUCCAAAGGAUACGGCUUCAUAUCGUUUGCAGACGCAGAAUGUGCAAAAAAGGCUUUAGAGCAGCUAAAUGGCUUUGAGCUGGCAGGGCGUCCAAUGAAGGUGGGGCAUGUUACAGAGCGCUCCGACUCAUCAACGGCGAGCUCGUUCCUGGACAACGACGAGCUGGAGAGGACUGGCAUCGACCUCGGCACGACAGGACGUCUGCAGCUCAUGGCUCGACUAGCAGAAGGAACUGGUUUGAAGAUUCCUCCAGCAGCUCAGCAGGCUCUGCAGAUGACUGGCUCCAUGCCCUUUGGAAACAUUACAGCUCCACCAGCUGUUCCAACUCCAGCUCCAAGCCAAGCUUUGAACCUCCCAUCACAGCCACUGGCCACACACUGCCUUCAGCUGUCCAACCUGUUCAACCCACAAUCGGAAAACGAUCCAACCUGGGCCAUCGAAAUCCAGGACGAUGUCAUUGAGGAGUGCAACAAACAUGGAGGAAUUGUUCACAUUUAUGUCGAUAAAAAUUCUGCUCAAGGUAACGUGUACGUGAAGUGUCCCUCAAUACCAGCAGCAAUGGCAACUGUAAAUGCUCUUCAUGGACGCUGGUUUGCAGGUAAAAUGAUAACUGCUGCCUACGUGCCCUUACCAACCUACCACAACCUCUUCCCCGAUUCAGUCACAGCGAAGCAGCUACUUAUGCCAGCUCGCCGAUAGUCUAAUACAAGCUCAUGAAAGUCAGUGUAAAUACAUUUGUUUGCAUUCAUUGAAAUGUCACUGAAACGGGCAUUGAAAUUAGUUGGCUGUGUGUAAUAAAAGUUGCCUCACAUUCAUUUGUUCACCAUUGAAAAUAGGCAUUUUCCUUUAGGUUGCUUUUCAGAUUUUUGUGGGUUUGUGUUGUAAAUCUACCACUGAGAGGUAAUCUGCAGGUAUCUAUUGGUCUGUAUGUUUUUAAAUAUUACUGUCUUAUCUGCUUGUUUAAAAGUCAACAAUUUUAGAUUCAAAAUAAAUUGCAAAUACAGAGAUGUGUUGGGUUAAUAGGCCUUAAAUGCCAAAAGUAUAUCAAUGUCAACAAUAAUCCUUUGUAACUUUUUACAGCCAUAAUUUCAUUUUUUGUAUGAAGGCUCCCAAUAAACUUUGGCAAAUUUGA